AUGCGGUUGGCGUCUUCGGCGUCUUGGGCGUCUUGGUCUGCGUACCAGGAAUCGCGCGUUCCACGAGCUCCGCCAGUGGCGCCGCUUGCUGCGCGCAUCAAGCCUACUUCUCCCGCGUACUACACUGGAAGACCGGCGUAUAUCGAUACGGUGCUGUCGCUCGAGGAGCUGACGCGCGAGGUGAAGCGGCUGCUCGAACAGGCGAAUCUGGUGCGUGCCAACUCGGGCGCGCCGUCGCUUGCUGCGGCGCGCCAGAACAUGUGGGUUAGCACGAGCGAGCUCGAGCGUAUUCUGGGAACCAACCUCAAGGCAGCGCAGUAUCGGCAGGUGAUCGCACGACUCGGACUGCUAGCUCGGUAUGCGACGCUGAUGCGCCAGCUCGAGUCGACGCAGCUCGAUGUGCACAAGCACGAGCUCGUAUCGAGGUACAACGCGACGUUGCAACGCUAUAUGAACGAAAGUGCCAAAGCAAACGAUGCACUAGCACAGACCGACACCGAUCAUGCGCUAUGGCUCGCAAGCCAGGCCAAGAUCGACGCUAGCGGCAGAGCGUAUUCGAUGGGAAGAAGGAAAGAGUCGUCCGCACAGGUCUGGAUUGUGGCUGCGCAACAAGUCGGGUCGAUCCUCGUCAAUAACCGAUCGAUCGAUGACUACUUUACCCGGACCGCCGAAAGGCAACUUGUCACAUGGCCCAUGAAGCUCACUUCGACACUGGCUGCGUACAAUGUCUUCGCUCUCUGUCGAGGUGGCGGCAAAAGCGGCCAGGCCGCAGCGCUCGCUCACGCUCUGGCCAACGCCAUCGUCGCACAUACCGGCCACAAUCUGCCCAUCCAACACGGCCUCGCUGCCAAGAAAUACGUCAAGGACAUCCUCGCUAAAGACGGCGUCUUGAAGAGAGACCCCAGGAUGGUCGAGAGGAAAAAAACCGGCCUCGCCAAAGCCAGAAAGGCCUUCACCUGGGUCAAGCGUUGA